AUGAAUGAAUUGAUAAAAUCACACAAUCACGAACAUUUUAUUAAAUGGCAUAGUUAUAGGUAUGAUCAUCAGAAUGAUCGAGCAGUUAAAGAAGGGGAAGAAUACGACGAAGAUGAAGACGAAACUGAAGAAGACGAUGAGGAAGAUGAAGAUGAAACCACAGAAGAUGAUGAAACCACAGAGAAUGAAAUCACAGAAGAUGAAACCACAGAAGAUGAAGAUGAAACCGAAGAAGAUAAAAAUGAAACCACAGAAGAUGAAAAUGAAACUGAAGAAGAUAACGAUGAAACUGAAGACGACGAGGAAGACGAAGAUGAGACUGGGGAAGAUGAUGAAGAAGAAACCGAAGAAGAUGAUGAAGAAGAAGAGAGCAAAAAGUCAGAAUAUUCAAAGAGCAAAAGAAAAAUUGUCUGA